CGGCCGGGGAGGCACGGCGGCGUCGGCGCGGUGGCGACAUGGCCUUGAUCUCCGAGGACAACGUUCAUCAGAGUUCAAACUCCACCUAUAGAACCGCAAGCAGCUCUCUCUCUGCUGAUCAGGAAGCGCUGCUUGAGAAGCUGCUGGACCGCUCACCACCCAGCCUGCCGAGGCCCAAGGACCGCUUCAAUGGUGCCUACAUCAUCUUCUUCAGCCUGGGCAUUGGCGGCCUUCUGCCAUGGAACUUCUUUGUCACUGCCAAGGAGUACUGGAUAUUCAAACUCCGCAACUGCUCCAGCCCAGCCCCAGGGGAAGAGCCUGAGGACUCGGACAUCCUGAACUACUUCGAGAGCUACCUGUCCAUCGCCUCCACCGUGCCCUCCGUGCUGUGCCUCAUGGCGAACUUCCUGCUUGUCAACAGAGUCCCAAUUCAUGUUCGCGUGCUGGCCUCGCUGGCUGUCAUGCUAGCCAUCUUCGUGGUGAUGACCGUGCUGGUGAAGGUGGACACCUCUUCCUGGACCCGCAGCUUCUUUGCCGUCACCAUUGCCUGCAUGGCCGUCCUCAGCGGCACCGCCACCGUCUUCAACAGCAGUGUCUUCGGCAUGACAGGCUCCUUCCCUAUGAGGAAUUCCCAGGCACUGAUAUCAGGAGGAGCCAUGGGCGGCACCAUCAGUGCCGUGGCCUCCCUGGUGGACCUGGCAUUGUCCAGUGAUGUGACGGACAGCACCCUGGCUUUCUUUCUGACCGCGGACGUCUUCCUCGCACUCUGCAUUGGGCUCUACCUGCUGCUGCCCCGGCUGGAAUAUGCCAGGUACUACAUGAGGCCUGUCUGGCCGCCCCCCCUGUUUCCUGGUGAAGAGCAGCCAUUCCAGGACUCCCCCAAUGGCCCUUUGGUGGCUGCCAGACCCAGCUUCUCCCCGACGCCACCCCUCCGCCCCAUCCUGAAGAAGACAGCCGGCCUGGGCUUCUGUGUCAUCUACCUCCUCUUCAUCACCGGCAUCAUCUUCCCUGCCAUCUCCACCAACAUCGAGUCUCUCGACAAGGGCUCGGGCUCGCCGUGGACCACCACGUUCUUCGUCCCCCUCACUGCCUUCCUCCUGUUCAACUUUGCUGACCUGUGUGGCCGGCAGAUCACAGCCUGGAUCCAGGUGCCAGGGCCCAGAAGUAAGGUGCUCCCUGGGCUGGUGCUGCUCCGGACUGGCCUGGUCCCUCUCUUCGUGUUCUGUAACUACCAGCCCCGUGUGCACCUGCAGAUGGUGGUCUUCCCGUCCGACAUCUACCCAGUGCUAUUCAGCUCCCUGCUGGGGCUCAGCAACGGCUACCUCAGCACCCUGGCCCUCAUCUACGGGCCAAAGAUUGUGUCCAGGGAGCUGGCCGAGGCCACAGGGGUGGUGAUGUCCUUUUAUAUGUACUUGGGUUUGGUACUCGGCUCAGCCUGCUCUGCCCUGCUUGUGCACCUCAUCUAGGAGGGGGACUGGUGAGAAGGUCAGUGCUGCACUAUGCCUGGGAGCUCGGUGAGAUGGGCAAGACCUGCCGGAGGGCUCAGGCGGGUGCGGGGAGAGCAGGAGUUGGGCUCAGUACAGAGAGCAGAGCAUACCGGGGCCACAUCUCUCCCCAGGGAGCUGGGGACAUGUGCUGCCUCUGUGCUAGGCAGAGACCGUCCCGACACUUGAACAGAACACUCCUGAGACUUUCGAAGACCAAAAGCCAUCUGAGUAAGACACCGUCACACAGGCACAGCUUUCCCGGCUGGUGGCUCCAUCCCGCCUUGCCGGGGAGCCUCUCGGGGAUCGUGUUGCCAGCGUUGGACUUAGUGACGCGCCAGACCCAGCCUUGCUCCUUCCGCUGGCAGCAAGAUGUGAGAACUCUCAGCCCUCCCUAACCGGACGGUCCCCCUGUCCAAGACCCAAGCCUGUGAAGACCCUGCGUUCUGUGGGUGAGAGCACCCACCGCCUACAGGGACACCAGGAAGACGGGAGCCCUUCGUGCCUUACACCUGGGCUCCCGAAAUCUUCCCAGCACCAGAGACCAAGCCUGUCAGGCCUGUGUUUUCAAACAGGGAUCUUUAGAGUGGUCUGUGGCCUGCAUCAGGUCUGGGUUUUGACAGUGAUGUUUACAACGUGGUCAUUGGUUAAAGGGCAUUAAAAAAUACCUGGGUAUUUAUUGAAGUGUCUGUAUUAGUCAGG